AUGCGAGCAAGCAAUGGCCAUGCUCAUCCUCAAUUCGCUGUUCAACACUGCACUAGCGUGCGAGCCAUCGGCCGACGCCGGGCCGUGCCCAUCGGGGCGGCGUUUGAAAACAGCAGGCAAACAGUGGACACAGAUUGCAAGUCUAUACAGUUGUACAUGGAAUGCAUGAAAGCUGUCCCGACUCACUUUUUUCUCAUCCUUUUCAGCCAUCAGAAUGCGCACUCCAACGGGUUCCUGAGACCUGCAGUCGAGCUUCAACAAGCCCGGACCGCUUCCUCCGUCUACUGUGCCGCAGACAUCGAUAUUGUCGAAGGCCACGUUUUAGCCAAUAUUGCUUCACGUCUAGAAAGCUUCCCUGUCUAUUUUGAGCUCCGAAGCGAUGCGUACCUCGCAUUCGACAUAUUUGCCGGCCACACUCGUCAAGUGCCUCCAAGACUGGGUUACACAAGACGAAACGACGACGAAGCCCAUCACGGCCCUGGGUCGGUCGGGUGGUGCAGAGUGCGCAAUAUCUUCAGCUUUCAGGCCGACCAACUCCGCUGUUACGCAACGUCGGCAUCGCACACACUUAUUCUGGAUCUCUACUUGUCUCUUUUGCGCUCGGAAAGAGCCGCCUUUCGGAAUCGUUCAUGCCAGCGACGGCGAGAUUGGACGUUUCGAGAGGGGCGACCCCAAAAUAUACAUGGUAUCAGGGGACGUGUCAAGACCGAGAGCACAGCCUUUGGUCGUCGAGAGUUGAUGGACUGGAUCUUCACGAAAGUUGGAAGACGUCCAACUCAAGCAGAUCGACGAGUUCGAGACGGCUCUUGA